AUGCCGGCCCUGGAUUUCUCAAAUGGAUCCUGGGAGUUCCAAGACUCCUUGGGCAAGCCAUUCUCUGGCGACGACACGCUGUCUCCCAACGUUCCUGGAAAAUGGAUUCGUUUUAUGCCGCUGCUCAUUAUCUGGUCUUUGGACCAACUGAUGUAG